AUGGAUUUGUUCGCACGUAGACGUUUGACGCGACGUGUCGUGCCGCGCUUGUGCUGCCAUCCGAAACUUGCUUGCAAUUUUAAACUUUUGGCCGCUUGCGAUGCACACUAUCGAUUCACGUGGAUUGACAUUGGUGAUUACGGAUCCGUAAGCGAUGUGCCAGCAUUCAAUCAUACCGAUUUUUUCGUCGCCCUCGAAAAUAAUGAAUUGGAUUUGCCACCUGCUGACCCAAUACCAGGAACAAAUAUUGCAGUUCCAUAUGCCUUUAUUGGUGAUGCAAUAUUUCCCUUCAAAAGGUACCUAAUGAAACCUUUUGAUAGAAACCGCAGAUUGACUCAGAGAAUAGCCAGGGCAAGGAACACAAUUGAGGAUUCAUUCGGUUUACUCACUAAUAAGUGGGCUAUUUUACAAACCAGAAUGGAUUUUAAAUUGGAACAUUCGGUCACAAUUGUUCAGGCUUUGGUGUGCUUGCAUAAUUUUCUAUUAACAAAUGAACUAUUGUUAAAUGAAGCAGAUUGA